AUGCCUCCAAAAAAAACAAAAAAUUCAGGAACAACUUAAACAAAGUUAACUGAUAAGAUAGCUUCCAAGCAAAAGAAGGCACCUAAGAAAGAGGAAGAGGAAGAAGAGGAAGAUCAAGAAGUUGAAGUUGAACAAAAAAAAAAGGCAAAUAAUAAAAAAAUUGAAGUUGAGGAUAAAGAAAACGACUCUGAUUAGGAAGAAGAAGAAAAGACUGAUGCAAAAUCAAAACCAAGUUCUAAAGGAGAUACUUAUAGUAAAGAAGGCAAUUAUUAAGGAUCUUUGGGAAAUGGAAAAUUUGGUAAAGACACUAUUGUCAUUUCAUCAUGGAAUGUUAAUGGUAUUCGUGCAGUUUAAAAGAAGGGAGAAUUAGAAAACUAUGUUAAAUCUUUGAAUCCAGAUGUUAUUUGUUUAAAUGAAACUAAAAUUGACUCAGAUGCAUUUAAAAAAGAUUCUUCAUUAAUGAAAAUGAUUCCUUCUGAUUAUAAAUAAUUUUGGAAUUUCUGUAAAACCAGUAAGGGUUAUGCUGGAACAGCAAUUUUCAGUAAAGUAGAACCUAUUAGUGUUUAGUUUGACAUUGGAGUAAAGAAGCAUGAUGAAGAAGGAAGAACAAUCACAUUGGAAUACGAUAAGUUCUAUUUAGUAGCAUGUUAUGUACCUAAUGCAGGAUAAGGAUUAAAAAGACUUGAUUACAGAGUUAAAGAAUGGGAUAUAGAUUUCUAAAAAUACUUAAAUGAUCUUAAAUCUAAGAAAAAUGUAAUAUUAUGUGGUGAUCUCAACGUUUGCCAUUAAGAAAUAGAUAUUGCUAAACCCAAAGGUAAUGAAAAGAGUGCAGGUUUCACAAAAGAAGAAAGAGCUGAAUUCACUAAAUUUUUAGGCUAAGGCUGGAUUGAUUCUUUCAGAAAAAAAUAUCCAACAAAAGUCUAAUACAGCUAUUGGAAUUUAAGGAAUGGAGCAAGAAAAACAAAUUAAGGUUGGAGAUUAGAUUACUUCGUAGUUAACGAAAAGUUAUAUCCCUUUAUUUAAGAUUCUACAAUUAAUAAUGAUAUUUUGGGAUCAGAUCAUUGCCCUAUUGAGCUAAAAAUUGAUAAUAAAUAAUUAAAAAGUUGA